AUGGAACUCCAGAAUGGCGUUAUAAAGAGUAUGGUGCGGUAUUUAUUCUGUUUUAAAUGCCAUUAUUUUUGCAUUCUCCCAGGUGUUAUUUUGAUUUUUAUCGUUUAUCAAUGGUUAUUCACUCUGCUGUUGGAAAAGAGUACUGUUAAGGAAAGACCACUAAUAAAACUGCAAACAUCAGAGGCCACCAUUGGCAAUAUAGUAAAAUUAGCGGCAUAUAUUGAAGCGCAAUGUCCAGAUACCUCGCGCUUUGUUCACCAACAGCUUCUACCAGUAUGGCAAGAACUAUCUGUGACAAAUAGGAUUACACUUAAAAUUGUACCUUUCGGCAAAGCAAAGUGUGAUCCAGUGGGUAAUGACUAUAGUUGUAAAUGUCAGCAUGGACCACCAGAAUGCGAAUUGAAUCAGCUUAUGAACUGUGUAAUUGAAAUAGUUAAAAAUCCACGUCAGUAUGUCCCAGUAAUAUCGUGUAUCCAAGGAAAACGUGAUCUUCGCUCAGCCGGAUUAAAAUGCUUGUCCAAGCUUUCCGUAUCCAGUAAAAGUAUUCUGCGAUGUGCUGAAGGAGAAGAAGGAAGAAGACUUUUGGCAGAAGCAGGUGUAGAAACAGAACGUUUGCAACCACCGCUGAAUUUCGUCCCUUGGAUUAUGAUUAAUGGAAUACGCUCCAGUGAUGCAUUUUACGAUCUGAAAAAGAAUCUUUGUGAUGCGUUAGAUCCUGUACCGGACCAGUGCAAGAAGCAGCAAUGA